AGUGAGUGAAAGGCCCUCUUCUAUUUCUGUUCUCUAAUGUCAUAUCAUGCAAAUAGCCUCUCUAAACCCUUUAACCGCCCCCCACUGUUUCGCCCCACGACAUUUGUUUUUCUGAUAGCCAGCUCAUUCUUUCUCUCUCUCUUUUUCUUUUUCCAACCCUUUUCUCCACCAGAUCUCUCGGAGUGAUCCAUGGAGAUGCGUGCUUAUUGAAACUCUCCGUGGGUUUCUGAAAUUUUCUCUUUAUUUUUUACCUUUCAAACUUGUUUCCCCAAUAACCCAUUUCAUAGCGAGUGCAAACCCUCUCAUUCUCAAAUUCUUUUGGGGUUUUCUUUGAUUUCGCUUCAAUAUUCCAUCUGGGUUUUCUAAGUUUGCAUUGAAGGAAGCGUUUUCUUUAGCGAAAAUGGCGAAUGGAGUAGAAAGAGAAGUGGGGUUGAGCAUUUUUAGCGAUGAGGAGCUGAGUGAAAUGAGUGGGAUUAAACGAAGUGGAGACCAUAUAGAGGUUACCUGCGGAUGUACGAGCCACAGAUAUGGUGAUGCUGUAGGGAGGCUUAGGGUUUUUCUUAAUGGUGACCUUGAAAUCACCUGCGAGUGCACCCCUGGUUGUCAGGAAGGGAAGCUGACACCAGCUGCAUUUGAAAAGCAUUCUGGAAGAGAGACAGCUAGAAAAUGGAAGAACAAUGUCUGGGUCAUAGUUAAUGGGGAAAAGGUUCCGCUUUAUAAGACGGUGUUACUCAAAUACUACAACCAGUCAUCAAAGACUGGUAAUGGGUCAAGUAGAUCCCAAAAUGGACGAGUCGUUCAUCGUGACGAAUUUUUUCGCUGUAGUAGGUGCAGCAAGGAACGUAGAUUCCGUCUUCGGCUGAAGGAAGAAUGUCGGGCUUACCAUGAUGCCUUAGCAGACAUGGAUUGGAAGUGUUCAGAUUGGCCUUAUGAUAAAAUAACAUGUGAUGACGAUGAAGAACGAGCAAGUCGCAAGGUUUAUAGAGGCUGCACUCGUUCGCCGACUUGUAAGGGGUGCACUUCGUGUGUGUGCUUCGGGUGUGAGACAUGCCGUUUCUCAGAUUGCAGCUGCCAGACCUGCAUUGACUUCACAAGAAAUGCAAAAGCUUGAGGCUUUUCUCACUCAUAUUUUCUUUUCCUAUCCUGGAUGUUCCCUAGGAUUUAUUUAAACUUUGAAUACCGCACAGAAUUAUGUCUGGCAUUCAACGGAUUUACCUAUUAUUGAUUCCAAAAUUGUCAGUCCAA